AUGGAUAUUGACAUCAAGGUGACGGGUGUCAUUGCAGAAAUGACACACCCCGAAGCUAUUCACCCAGCCGGCAGCGGGUUCCUAUUAAAGAUAGGGUUCUUCCUGAAUGACACAUUAAAGGUCAUCGGGGAAGAUGGUAAGGUGAUAAAAACCCAACGCUGCUAUGAGCAAAAGAUUCUCACCAGGUAUUCUACACAAAUUCGUGACGCUAGUUAUGUGGAGCAACUGGCCUAUAGGACCCUCCACGAGAACAUGGAUAUGGAUCCCCAGGCAGCAAAGAAGGCGAAAGCUGAGGUUGCUAGAACCAUUAUGAACAAGAUGGAAUCGGCCAGGUACGACGAUCCAUCUAUUUGGAACAUUUGUCUAGAGAUCCGUGUAGAAUGCACUAUAGAGAUAAAUGACGAAGAGGUUGGUGAACCCAAUGGCGAACAUGGCUGCAAUCGGCUCCUCGAGCGCCUUGGCGACGAUGACUGUGCCAUAUGCCAUGAAGAGUUCAACUCGACCAAGCACAUCGUCGUCACCACAUGCCACCAUACCUACCAUCGUUCGUGUCUCUUCAAGUGGUUCUCCCAUGGAACUCACACCUGCCCAACCUGCCGAUCCGACUUGGCUCCGGUCGCUGGACUUCCAAUCAAAUUUUGA